UGCCAGCAGCCCCUCUCUUGGCUCCUUGACAUGAGCUCCAUAUAAGGCAGCGAUCUCCAUAGAAACGUGUCAGUUUCAAUAGUAGUGUCAAAGUUCACUAUAUACAGACAUUCGCGCAGAUCCCCCUUUCGGAAACAUUGCUCUGCUAGUCUUCCCGUUUAAACGCAUUCAUUUUUGGGUCUCUCUCUCUCCCUCUCUCUCUCUCUCUCUUCCUUUCUCUCUCUCUCUCUCUCUCCCCCCUUUCUUGCAUAUUCUAUUAGUUUUUUUUCUUCAGCUCCCUCUUCUCCUUCCUUUUCUUCUUUUUCUCUACCCUUCCUCCUAGUGUCUUUCGCUUCACUCCUGCAGGAGAAGAGAGAGGUGAAACUAAAAAAAAAAAAAAAGGAAAAAAAAAAAGGAAAAGAGAAGCAGCAGCAGCAGCCCAGAGAGAGAGAGAGAGAGGACGCUUUCAUAUCUUAAUAUCAUCAUUUUUUUCCAUUAUUGUCUAAUUUUUUUUUUUAUUUUGGGGGAGGCUUUUGGUCCUGGCUGAUGAGUUUUAUCUGAAAUACUUUUUUUGAGCAAAAAAGAGAGAACAUUUUCCCGGCGAGCUCCAGUGAUUUUUGUAACCAGCAUCGUGUAUUAUAACCGAAGAAGAAGGAAGGAGCAAGAAAGAGGGAAAGAAGAGGAUUUAUUUAUUCGACCUACUUUGGAUCUCUCGUUUUCUGCGCGUGCCAUUAUUAUUCAUAUUCUAUUUUUUUUCAUUUCGCCGUGAAUUCGUCUCCUCUGCGAAUUAGUCACAUCCAAUUGCUUUUGUAUUUCUUUGGUAAAAAGAGAGAGAGAGAAAGAGAGAGAGAGAGAGAGAGAGAGAAACAACAGCCAACAGCAACAACAACAUCAAACUGUCUAAUCUUCAAUCCCUCCUCGAUCGCGUUUCCCAAGACUGGUUUCCUGAAUGGCUGACUGCGUUUUGCCCUGGACCUGGCCCCCGGACACUUUUAUCCCCUGAUCAUCGGCAGCCUUUUUCUCUCCCUCUCACCAUCCUCGCCCAGGCCUGCGCCCCCAAAAGAGCCCAGAGCGCCGGCGGCGGCAACUGGGGACAAGCAGCUGCACCAGCACCGGCCGGGCCCCGGCAGCGAGCAGCGGCUGCGGCGGCGGCAGCACCGACCUCCUCCUCCUCCUCCUUCUCCUCCUCCAGCUUCCUCUAUGUCUGCACAUCCUUUGCACUCCUAGCGCUCGGACUGUGUGGCGGGUGCGCGCGGUGUGUGUGUGUCCACCGAUCGCCUCCCCCGUGCGACUCUCCUGCAUGCCUCUCCCCGCAGCCCGGCCGGCCGCUUCUCAUUUUGCAACUUAAGGGAGAAAACAUAUUUAAAAAAAAGAGGGGGGACCAAAAAAUCCUUCAUCCCUCCCUUCCCCCCACAGAGAGAGAGAGAGAGAGAGGAGGGGGUUGCAAAAAUAAAGAGAAAGAAAACGGCAGAAACAGCUCCAAGAAGCAGCAGCAGCAGCAGCACAAGGGCAGCAGCAGCUGAAGCAGAGGCAGGCAAGAUUCCUUCUCUCUCCUCUCUCCCCCAAAUCCGAGCCACCCACUCCCCCCCCCGCCCCCCUCCUCUCCCCGGCAGCCCUCCGCGAGAAGCUCCGCUCCCCAGCACUUUUUGGGCCCGAGAUAUGGCAAUGGUAGUUAGCAGCUGGCGAGAUCCGCAGGAAGACGUGGCCGGGGGCAACCCGAGCGGCCCCAACCCAGCAGCUCAGCCGGCCCGGGAUCAGCAGCAGCAAGCGGCCUCGGCGGCCCCGCACACCCCGCAGACCCCUAGCCAGCCGGGACCCCCUUCCACCCCGGGCACGGCCGGGGACAAGGGCCAGGGCCAGCAGGGCUCGGGCCAGAGCCAGCAGCACAUCGAGUGCGUGGUUUGCGGGGACAAAUCCAGCGGCAAACACUACGGCCAAUUCACCUGCGAGGGCUGCAAAAGUUUCUUCAAGAGGAGCGUCCGCAGGAACUUAACUUACACAUGUCGUGCCAACAGGAACUGUCCCAUCGACCAGCACCACCGCAACCAGUGCCAGUACUGCCGCCUCAAGAAGUGCCUCAAAGUGGGCAUGAGGCGGGAAGCGGUUCAGCGAGGAAGAAUGCCUCCAACCCAGCCGAACCCAGGCCAGUACGCGCUGACCAACGGGGACCCUCUGAACGGCCACUGCUAUCUGUCGGGAUACAUCUCGCUGCUGCUGCGGGCCGAGCCCUACCCGACCUCGCGCUACGGCAGCCAGUGCAUGCAGCCCAACAACAUCAUGGGCAUCGAGAACAUCUGCGAGCUGGCCGCCCGCCUGCUCUUCAGCGCCGUCGAGUGGGCCCGCAACAUCCCCUUCUUCCCCGACCUGCAGAUCACCGACCAGGUGGCCCUGCUGCGGCUCACUUGGAGCGAGCUGUUUGUGCUCAACGCGGCGCAGUGCUCCAUGCCCCUGCAUGUGGCCCCUCUGCUGGCCGCCGCCGGCCUGCACGCCUCGCCCAUGUCCGCCGACCGGGUGGUGGCCUUCAUGGACCACAUCCGCAUCUUCCAGGAGCAGGUGGAGAAGCUCAAGGCCCUGCACGUCGACUCGGCGGAGUACAGCUGCCUCAAAGCCAUCGUCCUCUUCACAUCAGAUGCCUGUGGCCUGUCAGAUGCUGCCCAUAUCGAGAGCCUGCAAGAGAAAUCUCAAUGCGCCCUGGAGGAAUAUGUGAGGAGCCAGUACCCCAACCAGCCGAGUCGCUUCGGCAAACUGCUCCUGAGGCUGCCUUCCCUGCGCACCGUCUCAUCCUCAGUCAUCGAGCAGCUCUUCUUCGUCCGCUUGGUAGGUAAAACCCCCAUUGAAACCCUCAUCAGAGAUAUGUUACUAUCUGGGAGCAGCUUCAACUGGCCUUACAUGUCUAUCCAGUGUUCCUAGAGCACAGCCAACACCCCCAUAGAGACACUGAGGACCAACACAAACAGAAAUAUAAGAACCGAGUAAAGUUGGGGUGCAGAGAGGGGGGGAAAGCAGACAAUAAACAAAAAAAAAUAAAGACUCGUGUAGGAUCAGAUCUGUGACCAUGUUUGAAAGGAAAAGAAAGGACCUUGUGUCUGUGGAAAAUUUUGGAAAAAGGACCGAGGGAAAUUUAAUAAAACCAGAAGGAGAAUAAUGGAUCUUCCAGGAUUUAUUGUGGACUGAUGUGGAUAUAUUCUGUACAGAAACAAAGAAACAAACACAAAAUAUUGACGCUGAACUGAAUCUUGUGUAGAAAACACACACGCAAACACUUACCACGAACAUUGUUAUUCAUUUUGUAAAAUAUUAGUCUUUAUUUUCAUUUUUUGGUAAAAUUUAAAACAUCGUAUGCGCAUAAAGAAAAAAGAAACAAGAAUUAGGGGAAAAUAACAUUUUCCAAAUAAUUAUAAAAAAGAAUUGUCCUGUGUCUAUGUAUCUAUAUCUGUUUUGUAUUUUUUUCUGGUUCCAAACCAGGUUUCCUGUGAUUCUAUACUAAUAAUUUUUGAUAUAACCCUUUGCUUCUUAUAAUGAGUGCGAUAUAUGUUGUCGAAGCUGUUCUUCAAGAAUUAAAAUUGAAGUGAGAAUUUAAACAAAAAUAAAAGAAUUUAGCAAAAAAACCAUUAGUCUUGUUGCUUGACCAUGCCAACAGAGUUGACAAACGUAUACUCCUUCGCUUUUAACUUCUAGUGGGAUUAAAUGGGAGAACUUUUUAAAAAAACUUUUAAGGGAGCUACAAAGUUGUAUAAAACACACAGUGUUCCAAAACCGAUUUGGUUGUGUAAGUUUAGGAUUUAAGAGACAGAUGCGAACACAAACAGUUCAAUAUCAUAGAUGAAUCAAUGUAUCUGCGAUUGUAUCACAAACCUAAGUGCAUCUACCCUGGUCAACGCAUUUUGAAACACCUUUCUUGUCAGUUGAAGCUUCUGCCAAGUUUAUACAGUGCUAUUGCCUUGUCGAAUUCAGCGGCAAGGUUUGGCGUCACUGUUUUCUACCAGCACUGUGCAGUGAUGUGCAAUAUAAGGUAUACUGUAGUCAUUUUGCCUGUUAUUCGUUUGUUCAAAGCUUAGUGGGGUUUUUCCCAAGACUUCAAAGACCCAACACUGAGCGGUCUGACUGUGUUAGGCAUUUGCUAUCUUCUGCUGAAAGGAUCGGUGUUAUUGUUUUUCUCUCUUCCAGUCACUAAAUGUAAAGGGUAUUCCCAUCCCAUUAAUACAGAAAGCUAACUGGAGGUUUGUUCGUUGCGUGGUGUAUAUGUGUGAGUGUGUGUGUAUGCGUGUAUCACACACACA